CUCUCUUGCCAAACGUUGCCGGUCCCGAGCCCCAUUCCUCGCUUCGACGCCACACCAAUACUCGCUAUAAAUGCACGCACAUCCAGCCAGCCAGCCAUUGGAGGAGGUUCCAUUCCAUUCUCUUCAGCCUCGUAGCCCCACUCACUCACCGGCCCCAGCUUCCCUUCUUCUUGUUCGUCUUCUUCUUCUUGGCGGCUCAUUUGGUCUCCGUGCUGAACCAGAUGGCGAAGGCGAGGAGGCGUCGCGUGCCGGCGUUCGGGGAGUGGAACUACAACUACCACCACGACGAGCCGCAUGCGGCGGCGGCGACCGCGUGCUACGCCACGCCGGAGCCGGAGGCCUGCAGCGACGUGUGGUUCAGGUACUCGCCGCCCCCGGGCAAACCCACGCCCAAGAAGCAGGCGAGGAGGCGGCCCGAGGGCGACGUGUCCCGGGAGCGCUCGACGGCCAAAGGCGGCGACUCCAGGCGGGUGGUGCGGCCAGUCGACGGGGACCUGUACCAGGUGCCACCGCCGGAGCUCGCCCCCCACCGGGGGCCGAGGAAGACGGGGAGCAUGUGGAUGGGAUGCCUGGGCCUCAGCUCAUGCGUCGACUGAACCCAACAUGUCCUGAUGAUCGACGGGAUGCUGCGUCCUGCGUGCGUGUUCAUUGCCAGUGUUAAUUUUCCCUUUCAGUUGCAUAUACACUGCUAGUUCCGUCCCAUAAUGUAAGAACUUUUUUGACACUAUACUAGUGUCAAAAUACGUCUUACGUCAUGGGGCGGUGGGAGUAGUUCUGUCCAGUUGGUAAUAUAUGCGGUUUUAGGACCUUGAAGUAAUUUUUAUUACGUUCAUGUGCUUUGUAAUUUGCGGUGAAGUUUGAUAAUAAUAGAUCUAAAUCAUUUUCGCAAAAAA